AUGACUAGACUACAAGUAAGUUUUUGUCUAACAAUAGGUGAAGAAUUAACCGAACUUGAAAAUAUCUGUGGAGUAAAAACUUAUUCAGCUGAACAAGCAAAAUAUAAUUCAUUUAUUCAAAGAAGAAAUAAUAGAAUAGAAAAACAAUUGUAUAUUACUCAACAAUCUAAUAUACAAGGAAGUGCAUUUGUUCAAUUUAAUACAGGAUUCUUCUGGUUUAUAACUGUAUCAGAUAUUAAUGAAUCAUUAAGAUAUUUAAAAUAUAUAAGUGAUACUGAUGAAACAUCUAGAUAUAAUCUUGGAGCUGCUUUUGCUCCUUCACGUAAAGAUGGUCAUUUAAGAAGACCUUAUAACCAAAAUCCAACACUAAUUCCUCCACCUGAAGAUGAUAAUAAUAGACAACUACCUACAACAACAAUUAAUACUCCAACUACAACAAUUAAUAUUCCAACAACAACAAUUAAUACUCUAUCUACUACAUCUAUUAAUACACCUACAAUAACAAUUAAUAUACUUCCAUCAAGACCAACUAAUUUUCCAAAAAUUUUAACAACAGAAACAACAAGUAAACUAACAACUUCAGCAACAACAACUAUUAAACCUUCUUCUGUAAAACCAACACCUAUAACAACAACUUUAUCAACUCCAACGAUUAAUUUUAUCAGUUAUCCAAUUUGUAAAAAUGAAUUCAAAGAAAAUAAAAUCGAACUAUAUUUAAAAGAACAUAUUAAAAAUCCUUUAUUGAAAGAUACUGUUCAUGAUAAACUAGGAAUGAAAAAGCAAUCAAUUGUAUUUGAUAAAAUAAAAGAAUUAGUUAGUAAACUUACAGAUAUUCAGGUUAAAGAACUUAUUGAUAAAAUUCAAAAACUUAUUGAAAAAUACAGAGAAAAAUUUAUCGAUUAUAUUCCUGAUGAAAUAAAAGAACAAAUCUUAUAUAACUUUGAUAAAAUAAUGAUUGGUAUUAUAGAACUACAAGAUGAAAUUGAAGAACUAAAAAGUCAACUUUUAGCUUAUCAAAACUCUAAUUAUAUACAAUUACAAAUAGAAAAUAAAGAUUUAAGUCUUACAAACAAACAACUUUUAAUAGAAAUAAAGAACUUAAAAGAAAAUAAUGCAACAACAUCAAUUGCUAUUUCUAAAUAUAAACUUCAAACUGAAAUUAAAAAACUUUCAACUUUAAUUAAUUAUUUUUCAUUAUUUAAAAAUGAACUUGAAAAAUUUUUAUCAACAAAAAAAACCGAUAAAUUAUAUAUUUAG